CCAGGUGCCCGAUUGCACCGGGGGGUGGAGGGGGGGGGGACCUGCAGCGCCUUCCGAGGGUGCAAAGGGCGCUGGGGCUGGGAAUGCAGCUCUCCCGCCUCCCGCGUCUGGCUCCCGGGAGGGCGCGGGGUUGGAUCCGAGGCGCAGAGGGAACAGCUUCAGAACAUCUCAGACUAAGAAGCUGUCAACUGUGCUGAGAAGAACAUCGAAGAUGGACAGUUUUUCCUUCCCUCUCAUUGGAAAGGAUUUAAAAAAGAACUAAAGUGGCCGAGGUUUUGAGUUCAUCUUCAGGAUGAAUGAAUUUAGUUCAGGAGACAAGCCAGAGGACGACCUGCAGCCCUUAUUUGUCAGCGACAAAAAUGGAAACACUUAUGCAUACCACCCCAAACCACCACCUUCGCCGAGCUGCUCAGCAGGCUGUUGGCAUGCUGCCAACCCAGACGACAUGGUGGUGGAUUAUGAGGCCAACGCUGCUGCGGACGGUGGUGAAAACGUGGCCUUAAACGCCCAGUGUGUCGAAGAACUUGAUCACCAAAAGGCUCCAACUGAUUUCUCUGGUCCCGCACACGCUGUAGUCACAGGGAAGCCCAGGUACCCGCAUAGCAGCUGUCAUUCCCUACGGUCCCCUCAGGGCCAGAGUGAGGAGACAUCUCCGCCUUUUGCGUGGGAACCCCAAGAGGGCGACUGGAGCUGUGCAGACUGCCCAGAUGCCUUGCAGCUAAACCAGACCUUUGACAUGAGAGUGGAUAACGCUACCCGCGCCUUUGCAGAACACCACGCCGUGGGAAAGAGCCAGUCUCUGCACGCCUCUGGGAGCCUGCAACCAACUGGCAUGAGAAGUGGAAAUACAUCUCUAUCCUGUUCCGUUUGCCCAUCUUCCCAUUCUGAUAAGACACACGUGACAGGGACGAGUUAUGAUAGAGGCGUCUUUAAAAGCCCUGCGGCCACAGCCUCAGAGGCCCAGGGCACAAUGUACACAGCGUUUUCUGAGGUGCUGAUGCAAACUGAGGCUUUUGUUCCAGAUGCUGGAAAUGCCUGUCCGUAUUCUUCAGGAAAUGUCACCAGUGAGUACACAGAUGGGCCACAGCAAAGACUAGUUGGAGAGAAAGAGGCACACGCCCUGACACCAGUUUCUGAUGGCAUGGAUGUUCCCAGCGGGUCUGCAGUAAAGGAGUUCUUUUGUUUAUCUAACGAUGAACUACAUUCAGCGAGCUCAUAUGGGCCAAAGGAAAUGGGCCAAAAUCUAGGAGAAACAGUGUCUGGUUGUCUUAUCGAUGACAAAUGCCCUUGCCUGGUGCCAGCUUUUGAUAACAGCACAGCCCCAGUGCUGUGCCCGGAACCCAAAGUCACCGGGGCCGAACACACACAGAUUGCCCCCCAUGAAGAGGACCUGGAAAUCCAAAAUCAUACCAUAGAACUGGUCCCAGGUAGCCCCCCUGGACAUUCACUUGAACUGACUUGGGAUGAAAACGAUAUGGUCAUUAGUGCAAAUGACACCAUUUGCAUGUCCACGUCAAUCCCCAACCCCCUGAAUGCAACCUUUUUUGUUUCCCCCGUCGAGGCGACGGAGAAAUGUAGCAACCUGGAGAAGGGUCACCGAGAGCUUUCUAAACCGAACCUAGGAAAGCCAACGACCAAAGCAAAUACCCCGAUAGGCAGCAAAGUCAGAAAGAACAAAAUCAUAAGUUACCCAAGACCGAACUUCAAGAAUGUCAAAGCAAAAGUGAUGUCGAGGCCUGCAUUGCAGCCCCACGACCCUGCUUUGCCAAAGGUCACACCCAGACCUCAGCUGGCCAGUGCCUCCUCGUCCCCCUCGUCGGUGUCUUCCUCGAGACAGGUGACGGUGCUGAGCAAACCACGGAGAUCCGACUUGAACGCAGACACAAAAACAGAAACCCCAAUUAACAAGACGCAGAAGCAGCAGUUGAAUAAACUCAUCACGAGCCAGGCUGAGCGUGUUGCAACUCAUUCUAAAAAUGCUUCCCACAAGGUUUCAAGAACAACACCUGCCCUGAAAUCGAAUCGGGAAGAUGUUGACAAAGCCAGUUCUUCUAAUUCGGGUUGCGAGCCUGGGUCCGUGGCUUCGUUUCUCCAGAAGUGCAGGGGCCUGUUCUCGGUGACCAUGGAAAGCCCGGAGUGCUUGGAAAUGACGUACGUGUCCAACAUCCAGAGGAUUAGCCCUGAAGAGAAGGGCGAACGGGAAAAUGGGGACCUUCUAGAAAAACAAGACCUAAAGAAGGACAUUUUGAAUGAGACCUUUGAGUAUGGGUCUCUGUUUUUGGGUUCUGCUUCAAAAACUGCCACCCCCGCAGGGAGGAGUACACCCAAGCCCGAAGCCUCCAGUUUGCGGAUAGCACCUGGUCCGAAAGCCAAAGUGGGCCCUUCUGCUUCCUGCUUGAGGUGCACCAGCAACAGCAGAACGCUCAGUGCUGAUCGGACCUUAUCUUACCAGAGGAUCAGGCGCGCGGCCGGUUCUGGAAAACCUACAUCUUUGAAAACUGCACAGCCGUCUUGGGUGAAUUUGCCUCGACCGCUUCCGAAGUCCAACGCGUCCCUGAAAAGCUCUGCGCUCCGGCGGACAGGCAGCCCCUCCUCCAUCGCCAGCACCCACAGCGACCUGAACGCUUACAGCAGCAAUUUUGAAAGCGGCAGACAAAAGACUCCCAGGAGUUUAUGCAUCCAAACUCAGACGUCUCCAGAUGUGCUCUCCUCUGAGAAAACACUCGAGUUGGCUCAGUAUAAAACCAAAUCGGAGAAGCAGAGUCGGUUUAUCCUGCACCUUAAGCAGCUUGUUUCCUGCGGGAACGCCAAGUUUGAAGCAUUAACCGUUGUGAUUCAGCACCUACUGUCUGAGCGGGAGGAAGCCCUGCAACAGCACAAAGCCCUAUCGCAAGAGCUCCUGAGCCUCCGGGGAGAGCUGGUCACUGCUUCGACCACCUGUGAGAAAUUAGAAAAAGCCAGGAAUGAGUUGCAAGCAGCUUAUGAAGGAUUUGUCCAGAAGCUGAACCAGCAGCACCAGACGGAUCUCACCGAGCUAGAGAAUCGGCUCAAAGAGUUCUACACCGAGGAGUGUGAGAAGCUCCAGAACAUUUACAUCGAAGAAGCAGAGAAGUACAAAACUCAGCUGCAGGAGCAGUUUGACAACUUAAGCGCUGCCCAUGAAACCUCGAAGCUGGAAAUUGAAGCUAGCCACUCAGACGAAGUGGAAUUACUGAAGAAGGCCUAUGAAACCUCCCUUUCAGAAAUCAAGAAAAGCCAUGAAUUAGAAAAGAAAUCACUUGAGGAUUUGCUUUCUGAGAAGCAGGAAUCCCUAGAGAAACAAAUCACUGACCUGAAGAGUGAAAAUGAGGCUUUAAAUGAAAAGCUGAAAUCUGAAGAAAAAAGACUCUCAAGAGAGAAAGCGAAUUUAAAAAACCCUCAGAUCAUGUACCUGGAGCAGGAGCUGGAGAGCCUGAAGGCCGUGCUGGAGAUCAAGAACGAGAAGCUGCACCAGCAGGACGUGAAGCUGAUGAAGAUGGAGAAGCUGGAGGACAACAACACAGCGCUGGUCGACAAGCUGAAGCGAUGUCAGCAGGAGAACGAGGAGUUAAAAGCUCGGAUAGACAAACACAUUGCGAUUUCAAGACCCACGUGGUUUCUGGCUUUUUUGUCUUUAAGGCAACUGUCCAACGAGCAGGCCACCCUGCAGGAGUGGCUGGAGAAGGAGUCGAAAGUCAACAAGCGCCUGUCCAUGGAGAACGAGGAGCUGCUUUGGAAGCUGCACAACGGGGACCUGUGCGGCUCCGACAGGUCCCCCACGUCCCCCCCCAUCCCCUUCCAGUCGCCGCGCAAUUCCGGCUCCUUCCCCAGCCCCAGCGUGUCGCCCAGAUGACGCUUCUGCCCGCGGGAGACUGUCUGAGAGCACCGUCACAGGUCCGCAGGGCUGACCCUCACCGUGGUCCAGGGAUCAAGAGCCACGUGGGCCGACGUGUCGUUACCGCCCUAGAACUGGAAAGUCUUGACCCCCUGCAUCGGCUCCUUGGGAGACCGGAGCUCAGGAGGAACACGUGGCUCUCUGGCCGAGGGACUCCUCCCCAAAGGAUUUCGGAAUCGAUCUGCACGGACAUUUGCACAAAGCACUUAAAGAACAUUGCCUUUUCCACGUAAGCAUAAGGGGAAAAACUCUCAGGGGCCUCUUAAGAUAAAGAUUUAUAACCUUUAUAAUGUUCUUUGCCACAGGCACCUUCUUGUGAUUUUUAUUUGGGGGACGUGUGAAUAAAAGGGAUGUAGCGAGUGUCCUGUGUCUGAUGCUGCCUCCUUUGCUGUGUACUGCAAGUCAAAAGCUGCGUAUUUCUGGGUCUGUACUAAUCAGCUAAGUCAGUGUAUGCAUCUCUGCAAAAAGCCAUAGAAGGAAGAGCAAUCGUUGCUUGAAUGAUGACGCUGUCUGCCGCCCACUCCGCUCCGCCCUUUGACACAGGGCGGGGUGGGGAGUGACAGGAAGCGUUCCGACUGGUCCACAUCUGUGCAGUGUCUGCAUCCUUUGGAAGUUUCUUGGCAUUCUUUCAGUGUUCAGCCAUGUCGGUCAAAACUAACAAGUUUGUGUGUGUUUUUUUCUGUAGACUUUUAACGUUCCCAUGUGAACCUAACAUUUUACUACGAUCCAUUUUCUCAGGCUACGAGCAAAUGUGAAACCCAAAUUUUUCUAAAAUUCUGUAAAAAGGAAAGGGGCGGCAGCAGUGGAUUGCUCCCGCCUUACGUUUACCGUGACCUAAGCUGUCCUCACUGAUGUCAACUAUUGUCUUCUCCCCUGAUCCUCGCCUCCUCCCUUUCCUUCCUUCCCCCAGCCAGAGCCCCAAAGGCAACCCUCCUACCUCCUUCCUAUUGUUCUCUGGGACAAGGAUAGUGGCAUAUGCUUUUCCAGAGCCAGCUCAUCCUCAAGGUGCUCACACCACGCUCCAAAUAAGCCACAGCCUGGACCUGAGAGUACAAGUUUUGGGAAACCCUAGAAGGAAUAUAGAACGAGAGAGUCAUUGGCUCGUGUUUAUCAAUGAACAGGAGUACCUUGAUGAACCCAACGAUGCAGCAUUUCAUAGAAGAUAACGCCAAGUUCCCAUGUACCCUUUGAGGAACCCUUCUGUCUUUGGGGAGGUAGAAAGGCCAGCUUCCGAGUAGAAAAUGUGGCUUUUCCUACUCGUAGGCCUCUCCUCCAGGUUGCAUUUCAGUUUCUCUUCCAAAUUUCACUUAUUACCUCCCCCAGUUCUCACACUUUGGGGGAGGUGGGAGGAAGCACUGUGGCUUCCCCCGCCCCGCCGCCUACCGCUGCAUGUGUCAACAUGGUGAUGUCAGUACUUACUAAUCUGCAUUGCUGACGUUUGAUGGCUGUACAGAUAGCCCCAUAAGAACAGGUUCAGGAUACUAGAGGGGGGUCUUUGAGUCAUCACUACAUGUACAUUACAUAGCAAAUUAGUAUUCAUGAUGCACGGUGUUUUCUAUUUAAUUAUUAGUGAUUGUGUCUGAAGUCUAGGCUUCACUAGUGUAUUGUGGAUGUUACCUUCCGUGUGCGCUUCUGAUAAACGGGAAUAGGCCCGCUGCCACCUUCCGAGAUCUCUCUCUGCUUACCCUUUCCAGCUGUGCUCAGUGUCAUUAGCCGAAGUUGGAUUUGCCACCCGUGCCCGCGCAUGGUAAAUCUCGUGCUGAUCCCUGCUCUCCCCCAUACCCUUUAGGUGUCUGGGGAAAUCAAUCUUACACAGUUAGUAUAAAGUGUCUUCAGAGACAACUGGAGGGAAGGUAAGAGACAACAUGGAGAACUUGAAGAUUGUUUUCAAACCAAAUGUUUCAUGUAGGAUGUACAAUGUCCGCACGUCAUACCGUAUACGGAUGUGUAAAAACUGUAAUUGUGCUCAGUUUGUAAUGAUGCAAAGUGUAUUUUUACCUUGAUUAAAUAAACAAUGCUGGAAUAUUUAAUAUAA